GAGGGACGGAAUUGUAUGGCGGCGACAAAAUAGCCCAGCGACUUCAUCCAUACACUUUGAAGCUCAAGACCGAUCACUCAAGAUGGCGUUGCUAGUUGAUAAACACCGACCGCGCUCGCUGGACUCUCUGACAUAUCACCCAGAGCUUUCCUCACGACUAAAGUCCCUGGCACAAAGCGGCGACUUCCCACAUCUACUGAUCUACGGACCAUCAGGCGCAGGCAAGAAGACACGCACGAUCGCAACCCUGAAGGAAUUGUACGGCCCUGGAGUAGAGAAGAUCAAGAUCGACGCCCGAGUUUUCCAGACGACGAGCAACCGGAAGCUGGAGUUCAACAUUGUCUCCUCCGUGUACCACUUGGAGAUCACACCGUCGGAUGUGGGCAACUAUGACCGCGUCGUCGUCCAGGAGCUGCUCAAGGAGAUCGCGCAGACGCAGCAGGUCGAUCUCUCGGCGAAGCAGCGGUUCAAGGUGGUGGUGAUCAACGAGGCGGACCACUUGACGCGCGAUGCGCAGGCGGCGCUCCGACGGACCAUGGAGAAAUACAGCCCCAACCUCAGACUCAUCCUCCUGGCCAACAGCACCUCGAAUAUCAUUGCGCCGAUCCGAUCCCGCACCCUGCUGGUCAGGGUCGCUGCGCCCACGGAAAAGGAUAUCUGCGCGGUGUUGCGGACGGCGGGCAAGAAGGAGGGGUGGCCAGAGGCGGAUGGGCUGAAUCAGAGGAUUGCGAAGGAGAGUAAUCGGAACCUGCGCCGCGCGCUGCUGAUGUUUGAGGCCAUUUAUGCUCAGAAUGAGAAGGUCACUGACAACACGCCAAUUCCACCUCCCGACUGGGAAGCAUUGAUUGCGCAAACUGCGGAUGAGAUUCUGGCGGAACGGUCACCGGCUCAGUUGUUGCGAGUCCGCUCCCGUCUGUAUGAUCUGCUGACGCAUUGCAUACCGGCUACUACCAUCCUCAAGACCUUAACCUUCCAGCUCGUCGGCAAAGUGGACGAUGCUCUCAAGCCCGACGUCAUCAAGUGGUCGGCUUUCUACGAGCACAGAAUCACCCAGGGCAGCAAAUUGAUCUUCCAUCUCGAGGCAUUUGUUGCCAAGUUUAUGCGCAUUUAUGAAAGUUACCUCAUGGGCAUGGAGUUUUAAAAGGGACUAGAAUAACAAACAAUGGACGAGUAAUGAAUCAAUUGUACUAUAACGGGUCGUUAUUUCCAUAAAUAAGGCGUUCUGUGAUAGCGUAAAUGACCUUUUCUUCCUCUUUUAGGCAUAGCGGAAGCUUUAUUCCGUUGUUCUGCGCAAGACAUCAUGUAGAUCAUCUACAAACUUCAAUACUCACCAGGUGGAUGGGAUUUUGGGCAAGAGAAGAGAUAGUAGGGGAGGUGGGAGGGGAACCUGGGGAUGACGCUCCAUUGGUUGAGAUAACUAGCCUCACACAAACAGCUUGCUGCGGAGUAGACUCUCUAGGUAUAAGCUGCAGCAUUAUCCAUGACUGACAUGGGGGUGCCCUGAAUGGGAGUUGGUAGCCACUGGCAAUUCAUCGACAGCUGAUCUUGGUUGACUGGGUCGAUUCACUUGACUACGUCAUAGCUCGUAUACAUAUUCGAGCACCACCUCGCAGGCGGAUCCCCC